ACCCCAGUCUCCUCAAGGAUUGCCCGAUCUUUGCAAACAGCCGAUGUUUACUUCAAUUUUUGGUUGAAUGUGGGCUGCAUUCUGCCGUCUUUUCCUCGAAAAAUCAACAUUCAGAUCGUUGGAAGAGUAAUUUUAUAACAGUCAAAUCCGUAUAUUCUGUCAACACGUUUUACUGUUUCCUGUUGGUGUCACACAACGAAUUCAGUCAUAUCGGCUAGUUUUGUAUCCAGAAAAGAAUGUCAGAGAUGGAGUUGCAACAAGAAAACGUUCCUCCGUCGAUGCGUAGUUAUCGUUCUACAUCCACGUGUAGUGAAGGUUCCGACGCGGUCUUCUUAGAAAACAACAUAGCAGCUGACUCGUCAAACGCCAAAAUAAAACGAUCCAAUAGCCUUGAAGAACUGGAACCAUGUCAGUUUAUCAGAAAAUUAAACUUAAACUCGUCGAAAUCAGAAGCAGACGUAGUGCCAGAAGAAAAUGGCAAGGCAGCCGAGGUUGUACAAGAGGGAUCCACAGGUCCACUUUGUGUAGUAUGUAGUGACAAAGCUACUGGAUAUCAUUAUGGCGUGUUUACUUGUGAAGGAUGCAAGGGCUUCUUUAAGCGUACUGUACAGAAACAGUUAGAUUACACCUGCAAAGCUGAUGGAAAGUGUGACGUUAACCAAAUGACUAGAAACAGGUGCCAAUACUGUCGAUUCCAGAAGUGUCUGGACAACGGCAUGCUCAAGCUCGCCGUCAGGCAAGAUCGCGCCCCAGGUGGAAGACACAGACAUGCAUCGCUCCAAGAUCACAAACUCAAAAAGCCAAAGCUAGCAUCAAAACCAUCUAAAAGUUCGUCGUUGGAAGUGGACUUAACUUCUAGCCAAGGGGAAGACCAAUAUGUAGAGGAAUCAGAGACGUCAGACGAGUACAUGGAAAUCAUCGAACAAAUCGCAACAAAUGUGGCCGUAAUACCAGAAAGCCCCGUUCCAGAUGUAGGCGACCAGACGGAUGGUGUAGAUGUUAAUAAACUGAUGCAAACUGGUUAUCGUGAGUUAUACGAAGUUAUCCAAUGGAGUAAAGACGUGCCUGGGUUCAAGGAUUUACGCUUGGACGACCAGAUCACUUUGUUGAAGACAUCGUUCAUGGAUCUGAAUGUGUUUAGGUUAGCUUACAGAUCCAUCCCUUGUGAUCCAAUGUCUCUCAGGUUCACUGAGAAAGUCAUUUGUGAUGCUGAAGCCUGUAUCAAGAUGGGAUGGAGCAAAGAUUUGACCGCAACAACUCUGGAAUUCUGUGGCAAAUUAAGAAAUUUGAACAUAGAUGUCAACGAAUUUGCUUGUCUUUCAGGACUUGUGCUGUUGAGUCCCGAUGCUCAAGGUUUGGUGGAUAAAGCAAAAGUGUCACAACUGCAGUCCAAAAUUUCUUCGUGCUUGCGUGACUAUGAAAUGAAUCGCUACCCAGACAAGGUAAAUCGACUUGGCAAGCUUCUUCUGUGCCUUCCGACUCUCCGAGCAUACAGCGAGAAAGCACUGGAAAAUUAUGUAACUCUGGAAUUCUUUGGCAAACUUGACAUGCCUCCACUGGUUGCGGAACUUCUUGGCUGAUGGGUAGAAUAGUUUUACAAGGCCAAGCGUAUAUCAGUAAACUUGAUGUGAUGGCCAAGUACUGUACAACUAACCUUGGGGAAGUUGAAGUAACCAAUAYAAUAAUACGACUGCAAGCGCUGAGAAACAUUUAGUUGAUAGUAAACUAAAACUGAUGUAAAAUGAUUGUACUGGUUCCAAGUUACUAACUGGAGGAAAAGCAGGGAAGACAGAAUACUGGUCAUGCAUGCUACCCUGUUCAGCUCAGUCUGGUUUAGAAUCCAACAAGGGAAUGUAAUGAUCCAGUUGUUGGACCCAAGGCAUUAAAUAAGACUGACUGAAGACUUGGAAACCAGUUCUCUACAUUGGUUUCUGUAACACUUUCUUUGAACGUUUUUUUAGAAGUAUAUAUGAUGCUUAAUCAGUCGAUUCUCCGGCAUCAUUAAUCGUAAUCAUUAAAGAAAGGUAAGCUUUAGGAUCGAACCGGCUCUUUCUUGUUUACCAACAAACAUGAGACUAUGGAGUUAUCUGGUAACAUUUUGAGAAUAGGGUCAAAUGUUUCAGUGGCCUUUCUGAACCAUUAGCUAUCCCAAUCAAACCUUCGUUUUAAAAACUCGACAAAACUGUAAAUGUAAAAAAAUGUAAUUUCGUUAAACGUCCCGGUUUAAGUUUUAAACAAAAAAUGGAUAUUUUAGACUAGCUUUAUUUUAGUAAAGUGUGGUAAACAUGAGUGCAUAGCCUCGUUUUGAUGUAGAUAUACAGCAGUUCAUUAACACGUCAGUGCUAUUGAUGUGAGGACAUGAUCGGUUGUUACCUUACCUUAUCUAGCUCACCUGGAUCUCGCCGGUUAAAUUUGACUGAAUAUUGCGGGUAUUGGGCUUAUGGAACAUGGAUGCUGCCAAGGUGGAAAGCCUAAAAUAUACUGCUGAUAUUAGCAUUUGAACCGCCUUAGGAUUAGAUAUUGGUAGAGUUUAUAACCGAGAUAUGGUUGACACCUAGUAUUAAGAAACUUACCAUCGGGUUCUCUGUUAAUCAUUACUGAUGAAUAAUUCAUAAGCCAAUUGGAUCGACCAUACACGUCACGUGCAUAGACCUUUAUACCUGAUAAAGUCCUCUUCAUUAGCCCUUUAUUAGUAUUCAAGUGAGAAUGAUACGUUCCUUUAUAUAUGGAGACUACUAAUACGGACGAGUUUAUCAGGUCAGUCUCACGUACGAUCACCGACGACCCACGAUGUACGCUGUCUUGAACUUGUUGAGGCCUUUUUUGGACUCACCGCGCAUGACAAUGACGUACGAAUCUCACAUGACAUUGAUGCACAAACUUCUAUUGAUCUAUAAAGAUUCAUGUUCAUGACGUUUAUGGUCGCUUUAAUUCGACCAAAGAUUUGUGAAUUAUUCCUGAGUGUUUUAAGCUGUUCAAUAAACUCGAAGAUCGUGUUUUAUCAGGUAUUAGCCUCGUACUUUUAUACCUGUUAAAACACUCCUACUCGUUUGUUAAACCUCUACUUAUGAUGCAACACUUAAUAAAAUUAUGGAAUUAAAAUCA